UUGCAGUAACAUGUCUCGUUUAGAAGCUAAAAAGCCCUCUAUCUGCAGAAGUGACCCCCUGACGGGCGAGCGUGCCAGGGCCAGCCUGGCGGCCUUGAAGGGCCUCGUCAUGUCGUGCUACGGCCCAGCGGGCAGGCUGAAGCAGCUGCACAACGGCCGGGGCGGCUCCGUGGUCACCACGUCCCAGUCGGCCGCCCUCCUUGCCGGCCUGCCCGUCAGCCACCCCGUGUUAAAGGUCCUGACGGCCGCCGUGCGGAAUCACGUGGCCUGCUUCAGCGAUGGGGGCUUAUUCACAGCCAUUCUUUGCUGCAACCUUGUCGAAAAUGUUCAGAGACUAGGCUUGACACCCACCACGGUUAUUAAGUUAAAUAAGCAUCUUUUGAGCCUCUGCACCAGUUACUUGAAAUCUGAGGUCUGUGCUUGCCGAAUCCCAGUCGACUUUAGUAGCACCCAGAUCCUCCUGAGUUUGGUACGCAGCAUAUUAACAAGUAAACCUGCCUGCAUGCUCAUCGCAAAGGAAGUUGACCAUAUCAGUACUCUGAUCCUGAGAGCCUUUCUGCUUACAAUUCCAGAGAACGCCCAAGAGCACGUCAUUUUAGGAAAGAGUAUAAUUGUUCCGUUAAAAGGGCAAAGGGUUAUAGAUUCUGCUGUGUUACCUGGAAUACUUAUUGAAGUAUCAGAAGUUCAAUUGAUGAAGAUACUACCUAUCAAAAAAUCAGAUUCCUUCAAGGUGGCCCUCUUUUGUGUGUCUUUAUCCGGAGACCUUUCUGAUACUGGAGAAGGAACACUGUUGGUCAGUUACGGAGUUUCUCUUGAAAAUGCAGCUCUGGACCAGUUGUUUAACCUAGGAAAACAACUAGUUAGUGACCAUGUAGAUCUUGUCUUGUGUCAAAAAGUUAUACACCCAUCUUUGAAACAGUUUCUCAGAACUCAUCAUGUUAUUGCUGUAGACAGAAUUGGCGUGUCUCUGAUGGAACCCCUGAGUAAAGUGACAGGAACAUGGCCUAUUGGUUCCUUGGGCUCAAUCUCCCCCAGUAGUUAUGGAAGUGUAAAAGAUUUGUGCAUUGCAAAGUUUGGCUGCAAACAUUUUUUUCAUCUUAUUCCUAACAAAACAACUAUCUGUAGCCUGCUUCUCUGCAACAGAAAUGACACAGCCUGGGAUGAGCUGAAGCUCACGUGUCAAACAGCACUGCAUGCUUUGCAGUUAACAAUCAAGGACCCGUACGUUUUGUUGGGAGGUGGCUGUACUGAAACUCAUCUGGUGGCAUAUAUCAGACACAAGACCCGUAAUGAGCCAGAAAGCGUUCUUCGAGAUGAGAGAUGCUCUCAGACAGAACUCCAGCUGAUCACUGAAGCAUUCUGCAGUGCACUUGAAUCUCUCGCUGGCUCUCUAGAGCACGACGGAGGUGAAAUUCUUACCGAUAGCAAAUACGGACACUUCUGGUCGGUUCAGGCCAAUUUGCCUUCUGCUGUGAACUGGCCAGAUUUGCCUUCCAGAUGUGGCUGUGGACUCUACAGCAGCCAGGAAGAACUCAGCUGGUCCUUCCUAAGAAGUGCUCGUCAUCCCUUCCCACCUCAAACCUGCCUUUCCCGUGAAGCCACAGGCUCGGCCGACACCCUGAUCUUGGACUGCUUUACCGCGAAGCUUAGUGGCCUGCAGGUGGCUGUGGAGACUGCCAGUUUGAUUUUGGAUCUUUCAUGUGUCAUUGAAGAUACAAACUGAUAUAAUGUUAUCUUACAAAAAGAAAAACUAGUGACAUGUCAAUAAAGAAAAGCAUUGAGUUUA